GCUGUGAUCCACGCACCUGGCUCCUCCCUUGAUCACACCAUUCCCAAGAUCAUCAUCCCCAGUUCUCCCAGCUUCUAGGGAUAAAAAUAAUAAAUCCCAUUCUUCUGCUUUUUAGAACUGCCCACAUAUCUCACUUGGCUUUCUCUUUUUCAGUUAUCUUAUGGAAUUCCAUUUCCCUCACCCGGAUUUCUUCCAUGUGUGCCCAGACACCUGCCUUGGCUUCCAAAGUAAAUGCUAUUAUUUUUCUGAGGCUGAGGGCAACGGGACUGCAAGUCGGGAAAGGUGCAAGGCCCUGGGAGCUUCACUGGCCAUCAUAAGCACCAUGGAUGAACUGAUUUUCAUUAUAUGCUAUAAGGGCGAAGCAAACCACAGCUUGCAAAAGAGGAACAGCAAGUUUGAGGUGCAGGGUAGUGGGCCAUGUGCAUAAUUGAGCCAAGGGAGGAUCAGCUCAUCCUUGAUCCCCACCAAUAACAACUGGGUCUGCAGCAGACCUGACAACUAUGUCCUCUGGAAGGGAAAAGAGACCCUGUAA